UACAAAGAGGAGAGAGCUGAGAGCUUUAAAAGAGAUCAAGAGACUCAUUACUCUACAACAAGCAUCUUCACAACCUUCCAGAGCUGCUUCCACUUUUGUUUCUUUGAAGUCGCCACACGUUAUAGCAAAAAGUUAAAAGAAACACUCUGCAGUCUCUUUCUCUGAGGUACAUCUAUUUUUACUGGGCCUAAAAUGUUUGUGGACGAGCGGAUUUUAACUCUCUUCAAAAGGAAUGCCCACCACACGUUGACCUACUGGAGUGUUUUCUUCAGCUUUGGACUCUGCAUUGCUUUCCUUGGACCUACAAUUUUAGACUUGCAAUGUCAAACAAACUCCACGCUCAGUCAGAUCACCUGGGUGUUCUUCGCUCAGCAGUUCUGCUUGUUGAUUGGCAGCUCCAUCGGUGGCGUCUUCAAGAGGACGUUGUUCAGCGCCCUAGCUGCCUUAUUUGUCUCCGCUCUGGUGAUCUCUAUAAUAUUUGCCAUCAUCCCUCUGUGUCACAAUGUCCUUCUGCUGGCCAUCGCCAUGGCCGUGUCUGGUUUCGCGAUGGGCAUUAUUGACACAAUUGCAAACAUCCAACUGGUGACAAUCUACCAGAAGGACUCUGCUGUCUUCUUACAGGCUCUUCAUUUCUUCAUUGGCUUCGGAGCCCUGGUGAGCCCACUGAUUGCAGAUCCUUUCCUCUCAGAGUCGGGCUGUGGGAAUCACACAGGGAACGAGACUGCGACCAUGCAUCAUUUCAGGAACAUGCUGAGAAACAGUCCGAUUGCAGAGCACAAUAUAACCACGGACCCCCUGCCCCAUGAGGGAGCGAAAGAGGAGUCAAUUGUUCAGUAUGCUUUCUGGAUCAUGGCACUUAUUAAUCUGCCCGUGCCCAUUGCCGUCCUGUUUCUGAUGUAUCGGGAGCAGCUGAUCCCAUGCUGCCCCAGCGGCACGCCACGUCUCCUGGAUAAGGACGAACUAGCAAUGGAGAACCAGCAGGGGGCUGAGGGUCCAGAUGUGGAGCAGAAGGAGCAUGAAGCUGGAGGUCACGGGGAUAUCUUUAGCUGCUGUCAGAAUGAUAACCUACGCGGGCUGCCAGUAUCCUUCUUUAUGAUUCAUAUCCUCGGAGGGAUGGUGCUCUUUAUGACCGAUGGUAUUGUGGGCGCAUACGCUGGCUUUGUGUACACCUACGCCGUGACGUCGUCAGUGUCAUUGCCUCAUAAGAUAGCAGGUUACCUGGCAAGUAUCUUUUGGGCAGCGAUCACCGUUGGACGCCUGUUGUCCAUACCGCUCUCGUAUCGUUUCCAGCCCGUGAGACUGCUUAUGUUCAACCUGGCAGGAGCUAUUGUGACCGUGUUGAUGCUGCUCAUCUUCUACUACAGCAGCAUCUUUCUGUUUGUCGGGACCUGUUUAUGUGGGCUUUUCCUCAGCAGCAUAUUCCCCUGCAUGCUUGCCUACACUGAAGACAUCCUCGAUUAUCAGGGUUGCGCGACAUCAGUCCUGGUGACAAGUGCGGGGAUGGGAGAGAUGGUGAUGCAGGUUCUGGUCGGUUCGAUUAUUCAGUCUGAAGGCAGCUACAGUUUCCUGUUGUGUGGAGUGAUAACCGCCUGCCUCGGUUUCAUCUUCUUCAUUGGUCUCCUGCUGUUCCACCGAAUGCACAGAAAUUACCUCACAGGAACAUCGAAAAAGUCGGCCAUGGUGGAAGAGCCGGCAGCGGAGCACAACGGGUCGGCCAAGGCGGAACAGAAGGAGGACAAAGAGAGCAGCUGAGACGAGUGGCGUUGACGUUCUGCUGUAGGCGAUUACAUAUUACAACAAUAAUCAAAGACUUCAAAAUGUUUCACCAAAGCCUCCCAAACGAACGACCGCACCGAUGCCCUUGUGCUGGAAAUGUCAUGGUAUUUGCAAAGUAGAUAGUGUGCUAGCGUGUUAGAGAUAAUGGUUCGGCCUCAAAGAUUGUUUUAUCCUAUUUUGUAAAUCGCAGACAGCAUUUAUUUUAAUUGUGCAUUCAUAUUCACAUAUUCAGGUGAUUACAUGUAGACCACUUGACACAUUUUUUCAUAUUUCUGUUUAAUUCGUUUGUUUUCAGGUUUUAUAUCGUCACAUAUCUUUUGCCAUAUGUAUAUAUGUGUAAUAAAAGAGUUAUACAGUG